AUGUCCCAUUUAAUCGACCCGUGUCUGCGCGCUACCAAGAUAGCACAUGGAAUCAGACGUGGCAUCGACGGGUUAUCUCCUCUGAGUGGCCUGGUUCCAGAACUCAGAAUCCUCAUCCAGGAACAGAAAAACGUCCUUACCUCCCUCAAGCGCACCGCCUUUGAAAAAGAAGAAGCUGCGAAGCACCUCUCUAUUUAUGCCAAGACGGAAGGUCCAGAUCUGGCAGACACCCUCUCAAAGCUGAGUCUCCUAAUCCGAAAGGCCGCCGACCUUGAACGAGCCUAUGCCGAUAGCCUUGGUCAGAGCAGGGAACUGUUCAAGGAAAUCCGGGUCGCAGAGGAUAACAACUACUCCAUCCGGAAACGUAAACUGGACCUGGAGCAUCGAUUAGGGUCCUCAGGGGUAUCAUCAUCAGCAAUAUCGACAACGACUGUCAACUCGGGAGCCUCGACAGCAUCCUUCAAGAAAUCAGGAACGACGCCACCUGGACCGGAGCUCCACCCAGAGAUGAAGCUGUUGAGAAAGGAAACUAUGACGGCUGAGAAUGACCUGGAAGACCUCAAGCGGAAAAAAAUCAAGAUGGCUACAGCCCAACAGCUGGACGCAUUGGAAAAGUUGGGCAAGGAGAUGAUUGUGAUUGCGUACUAUGGACGGGAAAUCAUGGACCAGGUCGACGAUACCCCUACCGAGGCUGGACAGUAUGCAGAGGAUCGGUAUGGACAUUACGAUGGUGCCGCCAAGUCGGCAUACUCACUCAAGGCCUGUCUCGACACUCUCAAGGACUGGCCCACGAAUGCCCCGAUUGUUCAGAUGCUCGAGGUCGACAUGGGCAACUUCCCCAAGGACACCAAGGGAGCCAUGGAUGCGAUGAUGCACGACUUGGCUAUCAAGACAGGAUCGGACUGGUAUAACCUUCAGCAGCCAUCGCCUACUACAUCAACGGCCUCCUCCAUGCGACCCAGUCAUCAUACCCGCAGCAGUUCAGCUUCAUCGACAGCGAGUUCCAUUAGGUCUGCGAGUAAUAGUAUAUCGUCUGGAAUGACAACAGUGACCUAUGUCGAUGGCGUGCCGAUGGUUCACGAGAUCCCCCCUACACCCGAGCAUGAGAAUGGACCUAUUGUUCUAGAUUCUGCCUCGACGGCGAGUACGGCAACAACGGCAGCUCCUUCUGCGCAGGAGCCUAUCCCCGAGACAGCUGCUAUUGCGACGGAGCCAAUAGUACCAGCAACUACGACAGGAUCGACACCAGGCGCGACGACACCUACGACCGCGCCUGCUACGCCCAUCGUCACUGCUGCCAACACUGCCUCCUUCCCUAGUCCUAAACCAACCUCGACUGCUCCCGUAGAACAAAGCCCCUUUAUCCCUCAGUCGACCUACAUGCCUUCGACAACUUAUCAACCCGGUCAUGACAAUGCCAACAGUCAAGGUGCUGGUACUCCUCCUAUGAGACCUCGUCCCGUUUCGGCAGACAGAUAUCCCGGCCAUCCCAGUCCUGGUCCUGGCGGAUUCCACGCACCUCACCCCUUGAUGAUGCAACACCAACAACAGUAUCCUCCAGGCCCCUCUCCUGCCUCUCAGGUGCCCAUGUCGAUGCCCAUCCCUGUGCAUAACUCCAUGCCUCUGCCGAUGCAAAUGCCCGUCCCUCAUAUCCCCGGCUCCUCCGACCCGCAAUACCCAUAUUCUAACGAGUAUGGCGGUCCAGGCGGCAACAAGCGGCACUCCAACCCCAUCUCAGUCUCCUUCCCUGUUCGGCAGUCAUCUCCUUACGCCAAUGUCGAUUCCCAUCUCCCCGUAACACCGUCUUCUGCCACGUCGCCUUCACAAACACCCUCACCAAGACCAAACCAAGGUCCUCGCGGCCCACAGGCUAUCCUGCCACCUACAGAACCGGGGUUCCGGAUCCCUGUUGGUGUGGAUAUCGAUGAGGAUGGAGAGGUCUAUAGUUCUUCUGCACCUGGUGACGGCGGGGGACGGAGACAUCCGCAGGCAAUUGUAUAUGAUGGUCCACCUCCUGACUAUGCGGAGGCUGCUAUGAACCCGCCGGCUGAGAAGUUUGAAGAGAAGAAGCGUCGUUAA